AUGGCAGGGACCCCCAAAACCGCCUCAGGGACGCCCAAAACCACCUCAGGGACCCCCGAAACCACUUCAGGGACCACCAAAGCUAUUUCAGGGACCACGAAAACUACUUCAAGGAUGCGCAAAACCAUCUAUGGGGCCCCCAAAACCUCAGAGACCCACAAAACCAUCUCAGGACUCAUGGAAAAAUCCGCAGGGAUCCCCCAAACAUCCCCAGGGUCCCCAAAAGCCCCUCAAAGGCCUCCAAACCCCCUCAAGGGCUCCCAAAACCCACCUGUGCUGCUCAUCGACGAGGUUCACGUGUUGGACAUCGAGAGCUUCUCGGUCCUCAGCUGGGCGCUGGAGAGCGACAUGGCCUGGGUGCUGAUCAUGGCCACGAACCGCGGCAUCACCAGGAUCCGCGGCCCUGCCCACCCCAGCCCCCACGGGCUCCCCCUGGCCCUGCUGGACCGGCUGCUGAUCAUCGCCACAGCACCCUUCGGGGAUGAGGAGACCCGGCAGGUCCUCAAGAUCCGGUGUGAGGAGGAGGACGUGGAGAUGUCGGAGGACGCGUACGCGGUGCUGACGCGGAUCGGGCUGGAGACGUCACUGCCUUACGCGAUGCAGCUCCUCACCACUGCCAGCCCGGCGGCCAGCAAGGGCACGGAGGUGGGGCUGGAGGACAUCAAGUGCCUGGACUCCCUGUUCCUGGAUGAGUCGCGCUCCACCCAGUACAUGAGGGAGUACCAGGAGGCCUUCCUGUUCAACGAGCUCCGUGAGCACCUGGGGGACAUCUGGGGGCACCUGGAUACAUCUGGGGGGCACCUGGACACAUCUGGGCACACCUGGGGGCACCUGGACACACCUGAGGGUCCCCAGGCCAGGGUGGGUAACACUUGGGGACAUGGGGCAAAAUGGGACAGGACAAAAACAGCGAGUGAGCUAAGAUCCAGUGGCUGGGUGCAGCAAGCGCAUAACCCUUCAGUUCCGGGCAGUUGUGCUUUGUGUAAAAAGUGGGAUGCCAUAACUGAAAUGGACGAGCACAGCCGCCCCAUCCACACCUACCAGGUGUGCAACGUGAUGGAGCCCAACCAGAACAACUGGCUGCAAACCAGUUGGAUCUCCCGGGAGGCCGCGCAGAAGAUCUACGUGGAGAUGAAGUUCACGCCGAGGGACCGCAGCAGCAUCCCCUGGGUGCUGGGCACCUGCAAGGAGACCUUCAACCUCCAGUACGUGGAGGCAGAUGAGGCGCACGGGGCGCGGUUCAAGCCGGGCCAGUACAGCAAGAUCGACACCAUCGCGGCCGCCGAGAGCUUCCCGCAGAUGGCUGGCGACCGCAUCCUCAGGCUCAACACCGAGGUGUGGGAGGUGGGGCCCGUCGGCAGGAAGGGCUUCUACCUGGCCUUCCAGGGCACGGGCGCCUGCACCGCGCUGGGCUCGGUGCAUGUGUACUACAGGAAGUGCCCGCUGACGGUGCGGGACCUGGCCGCGUUCCCCGACACCGUGCCCAGGGGGGACUCUGAGGAGCGCGGCACCCCCAAGCUCUGCUGCGGGGCCGACGGCGACUGGCUCGUGCCGCUGGGCCGCUGCGUCUGCUCCGUGGGCUACCAGGAACUGGAGGGCUCCUGCCGCGCUUGCAGGCCUGGAUUCUAUAAAGCUUUUGCUGGGAAUGUGAAGUGUUCCAAGUGUCCUCCACACAGUUUGGCUCACGCAGAAGCAACUUCUGUCUGCCAGUGUGAGAAAGGUUAUUUCAGAGCUGAGAAGGACCCACCAACCAUGGCAUGUACCAGUAAGUCUGAUCAGUACCAGUGUCUGCAAUUCUCUUCUCCCAUUGCCUCAUUUAUUUCAUUUUUUUGUUGUAACAAAUGACAACUUUGUGCAUUUUGUGAAGAAUUCCUUUCAAGUUAACCAAAAGAGAUUUUUUUUUUAAAUAAAAAUUCAAACAGCACAUU